AUGAGCCAACCAUCGUCUCACUCGCGUUCCCUCAAUCAUAAUAAUUUCGGAAACAAUGCCACCAUCAACCAGGGUGACAUCCAUUAUAAUUUGACCCCAGGUCCUCUAUUACCCGGGGUGGAUAAGCCGACUUAUGUUAUUCCGUAUCCCCGCAACGAGGAUGUGGUCUGCCGCACAGACUUGGUAGAGCGUCUGGAGCAACUUCUUCCAAGGGGAUCAAAGUUCCACAGUGCUGCGCUUUGGGGACUAGGAGGAUCGGGAAAAACUCAGAUCGCCUUAGACUAUGCGUACCGACGAUACCAUGACGACAACUGCAGCGUAUUCUGGGUGCAUGCAGAUAGCAAGGCGACGUUUAUACACGACUAUAAGACAAUUGCAAACAAACUUGGUAUUAAACACACUGCCGACGGGAAUGAUCUACUUAGAUCUGUACGUGACGGUAUCGAGGCAUGCCCAUCAUGGAUACUUAUCCUUGAUAAUGUCGAUAAUCUCGAAUUAUUCGGCGUUGGAUUAUCUACCGACGAAGCUACGAACAGCCUAUACGAGUAUGUACCAAACGGGCCUACAGGGGCAGUACUGUGGACAAGUCGCGACGCCCGUAUUGCAGGCACGCUCGUCGGCGCACAAAGAGGUGUUGAGGUUACAUCGAUGAAGAUCAACGAAGCCAUCAAGCUUCUUCAAGCAAUGAUACAUAAGAAAGAUGGGUAUGACGAACUUGAGGAUAUCAAAACUCUUCUUCGGGAGCUACAAUGGUUUCCGCUAGCUAUCUCUCAAGCUGGUGCAUACAUGCGGCGAAUGCAGACGACUGCUUCCGGGUACCUGUCUUUGCUUCGAGAGAGCAAACGCCGAUGGGAUACCCUGAAGACCACUGAAUUUGAUCGACAUCGAAGGCCCGAAAUGCCCAAUAGUGUCCUUGACACGUGGACCGUCUCAAUGGAGCGAAUUCAAAGUGAGAACAGAACGGCAUAUCAGGUCCUCCAUAUCAUCUCUUAUCUAGACAACCAAAACUUACCGCACGAGUUGCUUAUACAGAUCAGCAAGUGCAGCAACGAGGACCCGACUAAGGAGCCCGAAGAGCUUGAAGUGACAUCUGCAAUCAUGCGGUUGCAAGAAUUCUCGUUUCUCAAGACGCGCCAUAUUGAGGUUGGCGGUCCAAGCUAUGAGAUGCAUAAGCUUGUGCAAGAAGCAGCAAGAUACAGGCUGACCAUGCGAGGCCUUCAAGGUGUAGCUGGGCAAGGAACUUUGAUGCAAACAGAAGCAAGCGAUGAGGUAUAUUACACGGGAAUUGCCUUGCAGGCGUUGUCAGAGCUCUUCCCGACUUCGAAGCCAGAGGCAUGGGGGCAGUGCGAGAGGUACUUGGCCCAUGCUGUAGAAAUGGGCAACUGGGCAGAAAUCAGCAAAAGGGAGGUUGAUAUGUCUGAACUUUUAAGCAGAGCGUCUGGGUACUUAUAUGACCGAGGACGGUGGAGAGAAAAAGAGGUGGUGGACCAGAGAGCGCUAGAUCUAAGACGAAAAGUCCUCGGGGAGCGGCAUCCACAUACGCUUGAAAGCAUGGCUUCGCUUGCAGCAGCGUAUCAUUACCAGGGUCAGCAUGAGAAAGCAAAAGCUCGUUACAAAGAAGCCAUGGAACUUCGGCGACAGACACUUGGAGAGAAGCAUCCAGAUACCCUUCGAGCUAUGACUCUACUCGGUCAAGUAUACCAGAGCCAUGGUCAGUAUAAAGAGGCCGAAGCUCUUUAUGAAGAAGCCCUACCACUUCAGCGGGAAGUACUUGGAGAGAAGCACACCCACACGCUUGAGAGCUUGGCGUCGAUUUCAGCCGUCUAUCAUUACCAGGGUCAUUAUGCCAAAGCUAAACCUCUCAAGAUGGAAACUUUAGCUAUCCAACGAGAGGUACUUGGCGAGAAGCAUCCACUUGUGCUUUGGAAUAUAGGAUCACUUGCAGCAACAUGCCAAGGCCUGGGCCAGUAUAAAGAAGCCAAAGCUCUGUAUCAGGAAACUCUGGACCUCCGUCGGGAGACGCUUGGCGAGAACCACCCAGACACCCUUCGGAGUAUAACCCAACUCGGGGCAGUAUACCACGAUCUGCGCAAAUAUAAAGUGGCCGAAUCUCUUGCAACGGAAGCGUUGAAGCUUGAGCAGAAGAUGUUGGGAGAGGAGCACCCUUAUACGCUUCAAUCUAAGCAUAACCUGGCCGUUGCAUUGCGCAGUCGGGGUCAUUCAGACAGAGCUCUUUCUUUAAUGCAAGAGUGUGUGCAGGGGAGAUGCGAUGUCUUGGGCCCAGAUCAUCCAUUUACACAGGAUUCGAGGAAAGUCUUGGAAGAAUGGGAAUCGCCAAGUGGAGGGUUGAAGGUGAUUAAAAGACUGUUGAAAAUAUUGAAGAAGCUAUGGCGAAAAUGA